AAACUGGUGGGUGAAUUAGGCCCUCGGACUCUCUCAUCCCGUUACUCCUUGACAACACGUAACCAGCUCAGGUUUGGGUCGCUGGCGAAGGACUGGCUGGGGCCUCCUGCAACUCCGUGUCUGUGGUGGACUUUGCCCUCCGUGAGGGCAGGUUGUCUUUGUGUUUGGAGAUGCUCGGCUUGGGAGCCACAGUUGGUCGUUCAAAACAGGUUGCGGUAACAAGUGCCCGCGGUAUUGUCCGUAGUUCCUCUACCCGCUGAAGUGUGAAGGUGUACCUGUACUUUCCGUCCAAAAGGACGCAUGGAAACGGAGAAUCCGGUGGUUUGCAGUGAAUUAGCUGGACUGUCUUGCCAAGUAGUCUGAGCUUCUCACUUCAUCGUUUUUGCUCCUCGUUCGUUAUGGUGUAUAUUGCUGGUCAGAAUGUGUUGUUAAUUAUUGGUGGCCUUUACUUUUCUGCACAUCGUGUACUAAUUAUGUAAUUUCUGACAUGGCAGCUUUGAGUUCUGGAAAGCAUUGAGUAUUCAGAGCGUGUGAACUUGUCGACCUCUAGAACAUAAUGUGAACGCGAGAAAAGCUGUCAGAAGAUGUUAACUAAAGAUAAAACAGUGACGCUCGCCUGAAUAUAUGAAUGUAAACCAACUGUGGAAGUAGGAGACCUAAUAUCUUCAAAAUCUUCGGAUAUGAGGGCGAUAAGCUAUUGAUCCGGUAACCACAAUACCUGCUCCUGUCGUUACCGCCACAACUGCUAACAUGGAGGUGGUUUCAGCAGAAGUAAACAGCUUACUCCCUGAGGAAAUAAUGGACACUGGUAUAACUUUGGUGGAAGAUGACAGUAUCGAGGCCGUUAUUGUGUCAUCGCCUAUGGGAGAUUCUAUUCCCAUGGAAACAGAACUGGAAGAAAUAGUGAACAUAAGCUCAACCAGUGAUUCUUCAGCAACAACUACACCUGCAGUCACCACAGAACCAGUUACUGGGCCCAGUAAUCACUCAGGCGAAGUGACAGUGAAUACCACAGCUGCAAAAACUGAUGCUAAUGCAAUAGUAAAGCCUACGUUUCAAAGUGGCCUCCAUAAACUUGGUGCUCAGAGCCCUGUCACUAUAUCAGCCAAUCAGAUUAUUCUGAACAAGACUGCUGACCUUAAAAUAGGCAAUCAGAGUAUUAAACCGGAUGGGCAAAAGCUAAUUGUAACAACUUUGGGCAAGUCUGGCCAACCCAUUGUUUUAGCACUACCCCACAGCCAACUCCCUCAGGCGCAGAAAGCCACCUCCCAGGCCCAAGGUGGAGACUCCAAGGUACAAGGCCAGCAGAUCAAAGUUGUUAUUGGAGGGAGGUCAGAAGUGAAACCUGUUGUUGGUGUCUCAGCUUUGACACAAGGAAGUCAGCUGAUAAAUACUGCAGCCCAGCCUUCUGUAUUGCAGACGCAGCAAUUGAAAACAGUACAGAUUGCAAAGAAGACGCGAACCCCAACUUCUGGCCCGGUGAUCACCAAGCUGAUCUUUGCAAAACCAAUCAACAGCAAAGCUGUUACGGGGCAGACUACUCAAGUGUCGCCAGUCAUUGCAGGUGGUAGGGUUCUUUCACAGUCUACUCCAGGAACGCCACCAAAGACGAUAACGAUUUCCGAGAGCGGAGUUAUUGGAUCAUCUCUGAGUACAACAGCGCAACAGACACCGAAUAAAAUAGCUAUCUCACCGCUCAAAUCCCCUAAUAAGCUAACAGUGGUGUCAGUGGCCUCACAGCCUCCCAACUCCCCCCAGAAGACGGUGGGCGUCCCACUGAAUGUAGCUUUAGGACAGCAGAUCCUCACAGUGCAGCAGUCAGCACCCUCUUCCCCUGGGAAGGCUAUAGUCAACCAUACAACUGCGCAGGCUGUGAAGUCAGCAGUGCAGACCAUUACUGUAGGAGGAGUGGGUACAUCUCAAUUUAAGACAAUUAUUCCCUUGGCAACUGCACCCAAUGUUCAACAGAUUCAGGUACCCGGAAGCAAAUUCCAUUAUGUUAGACUUGUUACUGCCACAACAGCCAAUAGUUCAACCCAGUCUGCCAGUCAAAAUCCCAGUACGAAUACACAGCCUCUUCAACAAGCAAAGCCAGUGGUGGUGAAUGCAACCCCAGUGCGGAUGUCUGUUCCCAUUGUGCCAGCACAGACUGUAAAACAGGUGGUACCCAAACCAAUCAACCCCACUUCCCAGAUAGUUACUACUAGUCAGCCCCAACAAAGACUUAUUAUGCCAGCCACUCCACUGCCGCAGAUACAGCCCAACCUCACUAACCUCCCCCCAGGCACAGUACUGGCACCAGCACCUGGCACGGGAAACGUAGGCUAUGCGGUCCUACCAGCUCAGUAUGUCACACAGCUACAGCAAUCAUCAUAUGUAUCUAUAGCAAGCAACACUGGCUUUACAGGGACAUCUAGUAUCCAGUCCCAAGCACGGCUACCAUUCAAUGGAAUAAUUCCCUCCGAAUCAGCAAACCGUCCCCGGAAGCCUUGCAAUUGUACAAAGUCUCUCUGUUUGAAACUGUAUUGCGAUUGUUUUGCGAAUGGUGAAUUCUGCAAUAACUGCAACUGUACAAAUUGUUAUAACAAUCUGGACCAUGAAAAUGAUAGGCAAAAAGCAAUAAAGGCCUGCCUUGACAGAAACCCUGAAGCCUUCAAACCCAAAAUAGGAAAAGGAAAGGAAGGAGAAUCGGAUCGGCGACACAGCAAAGGGUGUAACUGUAAACGCUCGGGAUGUCUCAAAAACUACUGUGAAUGUUAUGAGGCAAAAAUCAUGUGUUCUUCCAUAUGUAAAUGCAUCGGCUGUAAAAAUUUUGAAGAGAGUCCGGAGCGAAAGACGUUGAUGCAUUUAGCAGAUGCCGCAGAAGUUAGGGUCCAGCAGCAGACAGCUGCAAAGACCAAGUUAUCUUCCCAGAUCUCAGAUCUGCUGACGAGGCCAACACCAGCGCUCAGCAGCGGUGGGGGAAAGCUGCCCUUUACCUUUGUAACCAAGGAGGUAGCUGAUGCAACCUGUGAAUGCCUUCUUGCGCAGGCAGAGCAAGCAGAGAAGAUGGGCAAGUCGAAAGCUGCAGCAGAGCGCAUGAUCCUGGAGGAAUUUGGACGCUGUUUGAUGAGAGUUAUUAACUCUGCAGGGAAGUCCAAAAGUGACCCUUGUGCCAUGAACUGCUGACUCGUGCACAUGAGCCACAACAAAGCGGACUGAACAGAACAUUUAAGGCACAGGGACACUUUGGUUUGGGGCGGAGGAUUUAAUAAUAUUUGUUAAUUUGGUGCUUGUUUUAAAUUGACUUGCAUAAGAUUGAAAUGAGAAAUUCUUUUAUAACCAGAUGUAGAGUCUUUUAAAUCUUAGCUAAAUCCUCUUCUACUUAUGACGAUGCCUAAAGCUGAAUUUUUCUUCCUAAUGUUGUACAGCUUUUAACUAGGGUUUCUUAAAAGUUGGACGUUUUCUCCCCGUUCCCCCAAAAUAAUUGCCUGAAGGGCAUAUAUAAAUUAUUAUAAUAUAUAUUAUUUACCGUGUAUGGAGCUGCAUCACGUUGUGCAUACAGGAAAACACAGAUGCUGACAACAAACAGAUGACACUUUUGGCCGCAGGCCCGUAAUACAAAGCUAUCAGUGUAUCCAAAUUCAUUCUGAAAGCAAGUGUGCAGAAAUGAAUAUCUAAAUGGAAGGCAGUAUCUGUAUUGAGGACCUGAUACAGCACGUUCCUUUAGCGCAUACAGCAGCAUGAAAUAUGCAGGCAGUAACACAGAAGGGUUACUGACACACUUAUCAGUGGGCAGGUGGUUAAGAAUCUCACUGAGGCAGGGCCCGAGGAGUUCCGAGGUAAAUAAAGCUAAUGUUUUGUUGUU